ACAGAUCAUCACUGGAGUCCAGAGAGCAGGAAGAUGAUUGAGUCUCUGGGAAAACUGGCUUUUGAUCAGCUGCAGAAAGGCAACCUGAUCUUCUAUGAAUCAGACCUGACAGAGUGUGGCAUCGAUAUCAGAGCAGCCUCAGUGUACUCAGGAGUGUUCACACAGAUCUUUAAAGAGGAGAGAGGACUGUACCAGGACAAGGUCUUCUGCUUCGUCCAUCUGAGUGUUCAGGAGUUUCUGGCUGCUCUUCAUGUCCAUCUGACCUUCAUCAACUCUGGAGUCAAUCUGAUGGAAGAACAACAAACAACAUCCAUGUGGUCUAAAGUCUUCAGAGACAAACAGAAUCUGAAGUAUCUCCACCAGAGUGCUGUGGACAAGGCCUUACAGAGUCCAAAUGGACACCUGGACUUGUUCCUCCGCUUCCUCCUGGGUCUCUCACUGCAGACCAAUCAGAGACACCUACAAGGUCUGCUGAGACAGACAGGAAGUAGCUCACAGACCAAUCAGGAAACAGUCCAGUACAUCAAGAAGAAGAUCAACCAGGAUCUGUCUGCAGAGAGAAGCAUCAAUCUGUUCCACUGUCUGAAUGAACUGAAUGAUCGUUCUCUAGUGGAGAAGAUCCAACAGUCCCUGAGUUCAGGACGUCUCUCCACAGAUAAACUGUCUCCUGCUCAGUGGUCAGCUCUGGUCUUCAUCUUACUGUCAUCAGAAGAAGAUCUGGACGUGUUUGACCUGAAGAAAUACUCUGCUUCAGAGGAGGCUCUUCUGAGGCUGCUGCCAGUGGUCAAAGCCUCCAACAAAGCUCUGCUGAGUGACUGUGACCUCUCAGAGAGAAGCUGUGAAGCUCUGUCCUCAGUUCUCAGCUCCCAGUCCUCCAGUCUGAGACACCUGGACCUGAGUAACAACCACCUGAAGGAUUCAGCAGUGAAGCUUCUGUCUGAUGGACUGAAGAGUUCACACUGUACACUGGAAACUCUCAGUGUGUCAGGCUGUCUGAUCACAGAGGAAGGCUGUGCUUCUCUGGCCUCAGCACUGAGCUCCAACCCCUCCCAUCUGAGAGAGCUGGACCUGAGCUACAAUCAUCCAGGAGACUCAGGGGUGAAGCUGCUGUCGGCUGGACUGAAGGAUCCACACUGGAGACUGGACACUCUCAGGGUGGAGCCUGCUGGAGUCCGAUGGUUGACACCAGGUCUGAGGAAGUAUUCCUGUGAACUCACAAUCGACACAAACACAGUACACAGACGCCUCAAACUGUCUGACAACAACAGGAAGGUGACACAUGUGGAGGAGGUUCAGUCAUAUCCUGAUCAUCCAGACAGAUUUGACUACUGGCCUCAGCUGCUGUAUAGAACUGGUCUGACUGGUCGCUGUUACUGGGAGGUCGAGUGGAGAGGAAGAGUUUAUAUAUCAGUGAGUUACAGAGGAAUCAGGAGGAGAGGAGACAGAGAGGACUGUGCGUUUGGAUGGAAUGAUCAGUCCUGGAGUCUGAUCUGCUGUGGUGGUGGUUACACUGUCUGGCACAAUAACAGAGGAACAGAGCUCUCCUCCUCCUCCUCCUCCUCCUCCUCCUCCUCUGGUAGAGUAGCAGUGUAUGUGGACUGUCCUGCUGGCACUCUGUCCUUCUUCAGAGUCUCCUCUGACACACUGAUCCACCUCCACACCUUCAACACCACAUUCACUGAACCUCUUUAUCCUGGGUUUAGGUUCUGGUCACCUGGUUCCUCAGCGUCUCUGUGUUCUCUGUAGGAGGGAGAGUCUCCUCCUGUUAGAGAAACUGUCUCACUGCUGAACAGAUAGUUCAGUCUGUACAGGACUUGAUGAGAACAAAAUGAUGUAACAACAGUCAGUGGGAACCAAAAUCAUCAACCCACUGAGGGCUGGAUUCAAAAUCACACCGAAAAUCCAAAUAAAAAAUUGAAAUCGCAGCUGAUCUAACUCAUCCACUUUGGACACAUGAGGCCCACAGAGAAGGAGACAACAGAACACUGAAUGAUCUCUGAACGUGACAUGUUCUGCUGUACCUCAAAGAGAAUAUUAUUUUCAUUAUUAUUAUUAUUUUCAUUUAUACAAUAUAAACUGACAUAAGGAAAUAAGAAAAAAAAAGUAAAUGACAAAAAUUGAUUCUGUACUUGAAAAUGA